GUUGCCUUCUCCACUCCGCUCCCAUCGAUCAACUCAGUACAGCUCCGGCCUCCUCCAGAUCGGUCUCCAGCACCAGUACCCUUCAGAUCGCUAGCUAGCUGUGUGUUCUGAAGGGAGGUCGAUCGGCAUGGGGAGGGGGAAGAUUGAGAUCAAGAGAAUCGAGAACAAGACGAGCCGUCAGGUGACCUUCUGCAAGCGCAGGAACGGGCUGCUGAAGAAGGCCUACGAGCUCGCCAUACUCUGCGAUGCUGAGAUCGCACUCAUCAUCUUCUCCAGCCGAGGACGCCUCUACGAGUUCUCCAAUGUAAACAGCACAAGGUCCACAAUCGAGAGGUACAAGAAAGCCUCUGCUAGCACUUCUGGAUCUGCUCCAGUGAUAGACGUCAAUUCUCAUCCUCUAAAAUCAACUGAGUAUUUUUCACAGCAAUACUUUCAGCAAGAAGCAGCAAAAAUGCGCCACCAGAUACAGACCUUGCAGAAUGCAAACAGGCACCUCAUGGGUGAGUCGAUUGGCAAUAUGACUGCAAAGGAGCUCAAGAGCCUUGAGAACCGGCUUGAAAAGGGCAUCAGCCGAAUUAGGUCAAAGAAGCACGAGCUGCUGUUCGCCGAGAUCGAAUACAUGCAGAAAAGGGAAGCAGAUCUUCAUAAUGAGAACAUGUUCCUCAGAGCCAAGGUGGCAGAGGCCGAGCAAGCUCAUGAGCAGCAGCAGGAGCACGCAGCGGACCAGGAUCACGACGAGAUGGUGGCGCCGGCGGCCGGCGGCGGGUCGUCGUCGGGGACAGAGCUGGAAGCGCUGCCGGCGACGCUUGACACAAGGGAGUACUACCCGCCGGCGCCGCCGGUGAGCAUGCUGGCCGCCGCCGCGGCCCAGUACUCGUCGGACCACCAGACCGCCCUCCACCUCGGCUACUUCAAGGUCGACUCCGGCAAAGGCCUCCUCUAGAGAUCGCACGCAUAUAUAUAUAUACGCCAUGGAUGCAUGUAUGCAUUGAUCGAAUUCCGUAAGAAUGACGAGGACGAAAAAUAGUUUGUUGUAUUGUACGUAUAGUAUGUUUGCUUUGUCUACGUAUACGUAUGUAUGUAUGACGACCACAUAUAUACGCAUUUGUGUGUGUGCGCUGCUACUACUAUUAUUAUUGUCAUAUAU